AUGGCCGGUAGUGCACAGGAGAAUCUUACUAUUGUCAUCACAGAAUUCAUCCUGCUGGGAUUUGGUAACCUCCAUGAACUGCAGACCUUCCUUUUCAUGGCAUGUUUAGUUAUUUACCUUGUAACAGUGACUGGAAACCUCCUCAUUAUCACAGUAGUAUUAGCCGAUGGUUGUCUUCACACUCCCAUGUACUUCUUCUUGGGUAAUUUAUCCACCUUGGAGAUCUGCUACACCUCAACCAUUGUCCCCAAGAUGCUCAGGACAUUCCUAACAUUCUGGGAAAUGGUUCCUUUCUUGGGGUGUCUGGCUCAGUUGUAUAUUUUUGGUUCAAUGAGAGUUAUUGAAUGCUGCCUCUUAUCAAUCAUGUCCUACGACCGGUGUUUAGCCAUCUACAGUCCUCUGCGCUAUGCAGCUGUUAUGAACUUUAAGGUUUGCCUUCAGUUAGCGGUUGGUUGUUGGGUAACUGGGCUUCUGGCUCCUCUGAUAACUGUAGUUUGGACAUCCAGACUACCGUUCUGUGCUUCCAAUGAAAUUGACCAUUUCUUUUGUGAUUUUGUGCCUCUGCUAAGACUGUCAUGUACAGACACUCAUGUGAUUCAAUCUCUGUCUUUCAUAGUCUGUGCCUGUGUGGGCCUCAUCCCAUUUUUACUAACCCUGGCUUCUUAUUACAAAAUCAUACUGACCAUCUGGAAGAUCCCUUCCACCACAGGGAAACUAAGAGGUUUCUCCACCUUCUUAUACCACCCUUAUCAACUUGCAGAAGUGCAUUAA